GUCAUCCUGUUUGUGUGCUCAGACUGCCAGGAGAUAGGGAAGCUGGAUUUCUAUUUUUACUCCGGGAUGCUGAGUCUUGGGCACAGGGUUGGGGUGGCCCCCGGGACAGAGCGUGGUCCCCCCCAGCCCCCGGGCUGGAGGCUCUUCAGCUGCCCAGUGGCACAACGUGCCUGGUAAUGGAAUCAUGGAAUCAUUUAGGUUGGAAAAGAUCUCCAAGAUCGAGUCCAGCCUUUGACUGAAGACCACCUUGUGAACUAAACUGGAGCAUUAAUGCCAUGUCCAGUCAUUCCUUGAACACUUUCAGGAAUCUGGGAAAGAAAUGUGGCACAGGUGAUCCAGAGGGGCUGCAGGUGCUGAAUUUGGGCAGCAAUCCUCCCUGCAGGAGACUGAGAACCCCGUCCUUGUGGAAGUUUGGGGGUGUGAGUGAAAGUCUGGGUGGGGGUGUCUUUCAUGGUCUGGAUUUGGGGGUCCUAGACUGGCUGGGCAGUCAGAGCUGUCUUGCAGGGAUUUUAUUUCCGUGAAUCUUUUUUUCUUAAACAAUUUUAACGAGUGUGGCUGUCCCAGCAGGGGCAACCCUUAGCUUGGAAAGCUGUCAAAUCCCAGAGCAUUGCUCGUCUUAUCAGUUGGACUCGAUGAUCUGGGAGGUCUUUUUUCCACCUCGACAAUUCUGAUUCUAUAUUGAGGUUCCUCAUAACCGUGGGUGGUGUGAGGGAUCCAUUAUCCCCACACAUGUGUCAGGGGAAGGACUGCUCGGAAGGAAAGGCUUUGCCAAUUACUGUGAAGGUCAAGGCUUUUGGCACCGAUUUGAAAAAAAACAAACAAGGUCUUGUCUCUGGUUACUCAACAGCUCCCUGCAGAUAAGGAGGGUGGUUAGCACAGUGGUCAAGCCUGUGGCAUGUUCUUGCAGUUGCUUAAAGGUUUCCUUACCACUGGGUCUGGGUUCUUGUGAUGAAGAAACUGGCCAGGAAAACAUCCUGUUGCUUCACUUGCCCGUGUGCCAGCUUGCCUUGUGGCUGUGUGGAAGUGGGAAUGCAGUGGGGUUGUGGAUGGAGCCUGUGGCAGCAUCCAGGUGCCGGAUGCUCUGCCCUGACAGGGCUUUCCCUGCUGGAGGAAGGAUGUGGGGAAUGUCGACAUCUGCACCUUCCCCAUCCUUCUGCAUCUCCCUGGGCUGUGUGUGACCUCAGCCAUGCUCAAGCCUCUGCCUAAGGUGCCACUAAAAUCCCAAAAGUCAAAGUCUGGAUGAAGCUGGUGGGUGUCAGUCCCCUCUGGGCUGGCUCACUGCAGAGCCCAGCCCAGCUUGUCCCACCUUGGCUACCGUGUGCUUUGCUCUGGUAGCCAGCACGCUACCCUGGAGUUUGCUCCUGGCUUUCCCAAUACCUGGUAACUCUCUCUGGUUUCCCCCCAGCUGCCACGAUGCCCCUGUCCCACAGCAGGGCUGGGCAGACACCCUGCAGCAGCAAAGUGUGCAGGAACCUCUUUGGCCCCGUGGACCACGACCAGCUCCAGAAUGACUUUGAGGACAAGCUGAGGCAGCAACUGGAAGAAGCUCAGCAGCGCUGGAACUUCGACUUUGAGACGGAGACUCCCUUGGAAGGACCCUUCAAGUGGGAGAGGAUCUUCCUGGCUGAGCAGCCACCCCAGGGGGCCCACAGCCUGGUCAGGGCUGUCAUCAGCAGUGACAGCAGGAGCUCCUUGGUCCGCAAGGUCCCCUCCAGGGACUGUGUUGGCAGGAUUCGCCCCGAGGAGUCUCAGCAGAGCUCGGAGGUUUACAAGGCUGGUUCCCCACAGGGCUUGAAACGUGGGCAGACCACCAUCAAAGACUUCUACAGUGCCAAGAGGAGGAUCGUCCCUGCCAAGCCCAAGCCGUGACACGUUGGUGGCUCCUCUGCCAUGGGGGACAGUUGCUGAUGCUGCCGAGCACGGGGGGUCUGUGGCUUCCCCCCACCCUGUGCUGUGUAAGCUGUUCUGCAUGAAGCAAUGUAGAGUCUGUAGUUCCCUAUUUAUGAGUAGCUCUGGGGUCCCGAGGGACCUUCACUGUGUGCAAUGUAGAGGAGGAGCCUCUGGUGAGGGCUGGAGCCCCACACUGGGGGUGGAGGAGGACUGAGAUGGGCCUGGUGGGACUGAGGCACUGCCCUGCCUGUGCAGAAGUGCCCUCUGCCCUGUGGUGGUGGGGCCAAGCAUCAUCCCUGCACCGUCCUGCUGUCCCCUGCCUGAGGGCUGGCCGUGGGGGACACUUGUGUCCCAACCACCUGGUGGCACCAGAUAUCUUUAAGACGAAGCCACUGAUGUGGGUUGAGGAGCCCUGAGACAGCCUGGCCCUGAGGACACCCCGGCUGCUGGCAGUGAGAGUGCCCUCUGUCCAGCAGGAUGGACCCAGCAGUGCCAAGCACUUGUCCAUGAGUGACCUGGAGGCUGCUCCUUCCUACGGCUGCUUGGGAGAGGAAGCUGCUCCCUGGGCAGCCCUUCCUUGGGGUGACCCACCGGUGCUGUCACUGGCAGGAGGUGACAAACCCACUGGAGGCCCCCAGUUGGAACAGUAGUUGGGGGCCCAACACUGCCUGGGAGGCUUUGGGAUCCCCUGUGCUGUACUGGCCCAAAAUCCCACUUUCUUACCUUGUUGUUGGCUUGAGUGGUACUGUUUGCCCUCACAUUCCUGCCUCCUCCAACACUGACACCGGGCCGGGGAGCCCCUGCUCUGGCUCUGUUGGGCUCCUCUGGGGAUGAUGCUGAAAUAGGAAUUGUAGCUUGUUUUUCUGGACUUUUUCUCCUUUGGGGCUGAGGGGAGAGGACCCUCACCUGGCUCUGCAGAGCAAGGACUUUGGUCACCUCUGGGAUGGCCUGGAGCAAAGGCUGCUCAGUCCCAGCACUGAAGGAUGAGUCCCUGCUCCUGAGGGACUCUACACUGUCGGGUCUCAGCACUUUCAUGGGGUUCAUCUCCUCCUCUGCUGGAUUUGGACUCUGGAAACUGGUGCAAGAUGGUCCCAGGAAGGAAAGGGAUGGGGUUGACCUCUCACCUUGCACCACGAUGCACUUUGCUGUUGGUGAAGCUGCCAAGCUCCCAGCACUAAAUGUUUAUUUAUAUUAAAAAUAAUACUAUUAAGUGUACGUGGGGAAAUGGAGAUACAUGUUUGUCUACAAAUGUUAACUUUCAAUAAACACUUGCCUUGUGUAAGGGA